AUGAACCUCCUCCCCAUCCUCCCCCUCAUCCUCCCAUUCUUCCCCUCCACAACCGCCGCCCCAGUUACCACACCUUUCAACCUAGUAACCUUCAGCCCCAACACCGCCCACGACAACCUUUACCUCUCCACCCAAUCCACAGGUCCCCUAAACAGUAACCCCGUCUUCCGCGACCCCGCCAACGCCGCAACAUUCUCCCUCGCCAACACAACCGUGCACUACGAGGCGCCGAAUAAGGCACCCUGGGCGCUGGCGCUGGUCAAUGGCGAUGUUGUCCAGGGAAAUGUGGAGGUUAGCGUGAGUCCGAGUGCGGCGAGUGCGGUUAGUACUGGGUUUGAGAUUGCGGAGGAUGGGCGGUUGGGGGUUGAUAGUUCCAGGUGGGGUGGGUGGUUGGUUUGUCCUGGGCAGGGUACGUCGCUGCUGGAGCUAUUUUAUCAAGACACCACUGCGGGGAGUGUAGUGCCGAAUGGGUGUGAUCAGGUCCAGUUGAAUGCUGUCUUUAAGAGUUCGUAG